AAAAUAACAUGAUCCACUCUUCCUUUCUUUACAUCUCAUCAUAUUUUUCCCUAUAAACAAUCUCUUAAUAAUCAUCUUGAUUUCUAUACACAUUUAACAACAAUCACUCACAAUUUCUUAAUCUUUCUCAUCUCUUUUCAUGGCUAAGGUUGCUCCAGAUGUCACAUAUGAAGAGGAAUAUAUAUUGAAUGCCAGAGGAUUCAAGCUUUUUACAUGCAGAUGGCUCCCGAAUGGCGAACCGAAAGCUCUGGUUUUUCUGUGUCAUGGCUAUGCAAUGGAUUGCAGCAUCUCCAUGAGAGGUGCUGCUCAUCGACUCGUAAAGGCAGGAUUUGCGGUUUAUGGUAUUGAUUAUGAAGGCCAUGGGAAGUCAUCUGGCCUGCAGGGAUUCUUCUCAAAUUUUGAUGAUCUGGUUGUAGAUUGUAGUGAUUAUUUCUCUAGCAUUUGUGAAAAGAGGGAAAAUUCAAACAAGUUAAGAUUUUUGUUGGGUGAAUCAAUGGGGGGAGCCAUGGUUCUCCUUGUUCAUAGGAAACUCCCAAACUUCUGGGAUGGAGCAGUCUUGAUUGCUCCUAUGUGCAAGAUUGCAGAUGACCUAAAACCAAACCAGAUGGUGGUCAGUGUUCUAACUCAGCUUGCCAGAGUAAUUCCUUCUUGGAGAAUAAUCCCAACAAAUGAUAUUAUUGAUGCUGCCUUUAGAGAUCCGGCAGUAAGAAAAGAGAUACGGGCCAACCCUUAUUGCUACAAAGGCCGCCCUCGCCUACAAACUGGUUACCAAUUAAUGCUUACCAGCAUGGAUAUUGAAAAAAACCUUGAGCAGGUAUCAGUACCUUUCCUUGUUGUUCACGGUGAGGCAGACACAGUGACUGAUCCAGCAGUAAGCAAGCUUCUAUACGAAACAGCUUCCAGCACUGAUAAAACAAUUAAGCUGUAUCCUGGAAUGUGGCACUCACUCAGUUACGGGGAACUCCCUGAAAAUUUAGACAUUGUCUUUACAGAUGUUAUCAGUUGGUUAGACGACAGAGUGGCAUCAGGAUAUGAAAGAUUGGAGAAAGAAGGGAAGCGUGAAAAUGAUCCACUGGAAGCCAAGUAUUCCAGCAAAGAACUAGUUGCAUAGUAAUAAAACUGCUUUAUACUUAUAUUCUGUUAAUCCUAUUUUGUGAUAGUAGUAGUAGUAACAAUCUAAGUACCCUAAAGAAAUUCCUGUUAGUAUCAGAAAAGAAAAGUCUAAGUGGUUGUUUCUAGAAUUUUUUAUUUUACUUCAAUCAGUUUGUAGAAACAGAAUUAAUCAAAUAUAUUUCAAUCUUUGUUUUCCUGCAA